GGUAAAAGGACAAUUGGAAGUCGCCAGAACUCGCCUCGUGGCCGUUACAUUGAUAUUCUCUGUGACACCUUGGGAAUACUCCUCCCCAUGCGGAACCAAGUUUGCGGAACCCUUAGACAUAUAUUAAAGGCCUUCAUGAGACUUGGCUUCCUGCUCACAAAGAGGCUAGGUAUCCCUCAACGCAAGGGGAAUAAAUGGGCUUCCUCUCCAGCAUAUCCAGCCUUUUCUACGAUGUUGGGAUCAUAUCUUGGGAUGUGCUCCUCACGCUCCUCAAUCUCGUGAACAGGAAGCGCCGCAUUGGACAUGUCACGCCUGAGGGCCACCCAGGCUAUGGAGGGCACUGGCCUGAGUUUAGGCCUCCUCAGGAGGGUGACUCCCGCUGCUCAUGCCCCGCACUCAAUGCGAUGGCCAAUCACGGCAUCCUCUCACGCAGCGGCCGUGGGAUCUCUUUCAUCGAUCUUAACCACCAGAUUCGGGCGACUUAUAACUUCGCUCCUUCCUUCUGCUCUUAUGUACCGCACUAUGCCGCUCGCAUGCUCAAAAAGAGCUACAGCAAUGAUACCUUUGAUCUGGCAGAACUCGACCUGCACAAUGGUAUUGAACACGACGCAUCUCUCUUCCGCCUUGAUGCUGCCCUUGAACCAAACCAAUCAGUGAAGCACAUACCUUUCAUAGAGGAGUUACUUGCGGCAUCUACCGGCAAGGGCAAGGAUGGCAAGGAUAUCCUUACCUCCAAAGAUCUCUCCAGGAUUCUCGGCAAGCGUCGUGCAGUGGCGCGUGCAGUAAACAAGGAGUUCUCGCUGAGCUUCUUCCACAAGAUCUUCGGUAGCUCCAAUUCCUCGACACUGCUCACAAUUUUUGGAGGUCGUGUGGAUGACCUGCGUAGCGUUGUUCUCCAUGAGCGGCUCCCAGAAGGCUGGGAGUCGCGCAUUCGCCAACCUUACGGACUGACUUUGACGAACUUCAACAAGACUGUACUGGGAGUUGAAUUCGGUGUGCGCGAGAAGGAUUGGGCAGAAGCGGCACAGGAGGCAGCACGUAAUAGUGCUCCUACUUGAAAUCACACUCCAUCUACAUCUACUCCAACCAUGGAUAUAGCAUCAUCUCAUAAGAGGUCAUCAUUCUCUACUGUCUGCUUUCAUGUUAUGUACAACCACACUGCAGUACUACCGACAUUACGAUGUGUUGAUACCUUGACGUUACGUUUCCAGCCUAUCUAUAUCUGCCCUUGCUCUCCCCCCGAGGAGUCAAGUAUCUCGAUCGUCGUUGCCCUUUGCUCCAUUCAAGUUGACUGGAUCACACAUCAUUAAUAUUGCGCGUGUAGUCGCUGUUGUUGGAAAGCCAAUCGAGGAAAAAAGAACUGAAAUUGUUGAAGCAAGCACAUAGAUAACCAGCGCUCUAAGGCAAACGUAUGACUGUCUGCAUUGGCACAAUACUGCCUGUGGUCCCGCU